AUGAAGACGGGGAUUACUAUUUCAUUUUCCCCACCCAAACUUUUAAUACUUACAGCAAAUCACCAGUCAAACCCCAAGACUUACCAUUCCUCCGGCGAGCUCGUCGUUCUGUCAAUAUCUCCGGCACCAAACAUUCCCGUUGCAUCCCCGCCGGCGGGGCAUUUCCGGUUUACAAGAGAAGAAGGUAACGAAGUAAGAGCAGUUGAAAAUAAUAGCAACGGUAAUGCAUUAUCUCCGUCGGCGGAAGAUGUAGCGGCAGCAGCUGCGGCAGCUCAAGCUCAAAAUGUUCAACGUAGAGGUUUCAGUGUUCCGAUUCAAGUACCUGUUGAGAAACCGCAAUUUGGACCCGUUAUUGUUCCCUGUAGUUCACGCGAUGGUGGUGUUCAGGGAUUAAGAUGGUAUGGCAAGCGUCUUAGGAUAGAUGAAGAUGGAGAUGUUGCAGACGAAUUUUUCGAAGAAAUUGUUCCGGAUACACCUUCUAGCUCAGAAGAACACCACCACAAGCAAUAUCCCAAGUUCCAGCUGAAGUACACCACAAAACCUGCUAAGAUAACAAGCCAGGCACUCUCAACUGCUGGUAAAAUUCAACAUCGAGUGGAACGCCAAGGCAAAUUGGAGUGGAUUUGAAAGACGUUAAAUGGCUAGUUGAUCGUAUUUGAGGUUGAUAUUUUACUAAAUUACUGCUGGCGGGUACAUUAUUUUGCUUCCUUCUCAAGGACUAAAGUUUGGGCAUUCAAUGUUCUUUUGUCUCUGCUUUGUUGGAACCGUCUUGAUGCCAGGAAGCAAGGUUUCAUUCAUUCCUCGAACAAAACAUUAGUUGUACCUGUAAAACUAUCAAUGUAUACAUGAUAUUGAACUGUCAAAAUGUCAGAAUUUCAGUCAUUAGUUGUUGAAUCAGUGAAGAGUUAAAGAGUCGCGUAACGUUUGAAAAGCA